GGACGAGAGUGGGAGGAUCUUGCGAAUCCGGAUCUGGAUCCAGAGCCUCCAACUCUGCCAUAGGAUAAAAAAGUUGAGUAUUAAUAUUUGCUAGGAAUGUUAAACAGAGAUGCUUCUUAGACAUUUCAUCAGACUUCUCCCCAUUUGGGGACAAGGAAAAAAAAAAAAAAAGAAGCGAAGGAACACUGCAUUGGCCGGGAAUCGAACCCGGGCCUCCCGCGUGGCAGGCGAGAAUUCUACCACUGAACCACCAAUGCAACCGACAACCGCUCUUUAGUGGCCCUACCUGAGCUUGUAAGAGGUGGAGACGGCAGUGGUCAGGCAGAAAGUGUAGGCCCGGGGCUCUGGGAAGGAGUGGCCCCGAGUAGCUGACGUGGGUGGAGCGCCAGACCAUCCUUCCUCCCGCCCGGAUCCGGCCACCCGGCCAUAAAGUCGCCCCAUAUGGCCAGGGGCGGCCCCACACUCGGGUGCGAACAGCCCGGGGCCCCGAGCCUCGCGUGCAGACACUUUAUCUGGAAGCCUCCGAGUGUUCACGCACCAUUCUGCAGAGGGUCAUGUUCUUGGUUUGAGAUGCUGAAGCCGCUGGUGGAGAAGCGGCGCCGGGAUCGCAUCAACCGCAGCCUGGAAGAGCUGAGGCUGCUGCUGCUGGAGCGGACCCGGGACCAGAACCUCCGCAACCCGAAGCUGGAGAAAGCAGAGAUACUGGAGUUCGCCGUGGGCUACUUGAGGGAGCGAAGCCGGGUGGAGCCCCCGGGGGUUCCCCGGUCCCCAGCCCAGGACGCCGAGGCGCUCGCCAGCUGCUACUUGUCCGGCUUCCGCGAGUGCCUGCUUCGCCUGGCGGCCUUCGCGCACGACGCCAGCCCGGCCGCCCGCGCCCAGCUCUUCUCCGCGCUGCAUGGCUACCUGCGCCCCAAGCCGCCCCGGCCGGAACCGGUAGAUGCGAGGCCCCAAGCGCCGCGCCCACCGCUGGACCCCGCCGCCCCGGCGCCCGGCCCUGCGCUGCACCAGCGCCCCCCAGUGCACCAGGGCCCCCGUAGCCCGCGCUGCGCCUGGUCCCCGUCCCCCUGCUCGCCCCGCGCCGGGGAUUCCGGCGCGCCGGCGCCCCUCACCGGACUGCUGCCGCCGCCGCCGCCGCCGCCGCCGCCGCCGCCGCCGCCGCCGCCGCACAGACAAGACGGGGCGCCCAAGGCCCCGCCGCCCCCGCCGCCCGCUUUCUGGAGACCUUGGCCCUGA